GAUUGCGCGUUUAGGGCCACCAAAAAGCAUAGUCAUAUUCUCUCUCUCUCUCUCUCUCUCUCGCUCUCUCUCUUUCUUUCUUUCUCCGGGGUGUCUGUCGCGAGGAAGGGGUGCUAGGCAUCGAUGGGGUGGCUUCUGUCGUUCGCAAAGGAAGUGGUCCAGUCAGCCGUGGCGUCCGUCGCUGCGGACGAGCUGGUUAGACUGCUUCCUUCUGUAGACCAUGAUCUCGAGGUGCUGCGGACAACCCUGCUCACGACCCGCCUCCGCGUCGACAAGGCCGAGCUGUGGCGCUUCAAGAACCCCCACUUCGACCAGCUGCUGAUGCAACUGAAGGCCGCCUUCUACGACGCCGAGGACCUCAUCGCCGAGUUCGACUACGUCGAGCUGCAGCAGAAGAUCGAGGGCGGCCAGGCAAGUCAGCUCCUCUCUUCUUCUCUCGACUUGGUGAAGAAUUUAAUUUCCCGCCCUCCGGACAAAGUUCAGCGGUACCAGCGCAGGCUAGAUGAUGCUGUCGCCGCGGUCGAGAAAGCGAUCGUAGAUUUAAAUUUUUGUGAUGAGCCGAAGCUGUCUGGCAUGCUGCGGCGGCGGCAGACGGGCUCGUCCGUCACCGAACCAGAAGUUUUCGGCCGUGACGAGGAGCGUGAGAGGGUGAUUGCACUGCUGCUGCCGUUUGGCGAUGAAUCCAGGAAAAGUAACGAUGAGAAUUACAGUGACGGUGAAUCUGUUUCUACCAAAAGAACAAAGCGGGAGAAUGUGUCCGUCCUACCGAUAGUCGGGAUGGGAGGGGUGGGGAAAACUACUCUGGCUCAGCUCGUCUAUAACGAUCCGAGAAUCCAAAACUACUUUGAGAUGAGAAUCUGGGUUUGUGUCUCCAACUUCUUCGACGUCAAAAGGCUAACUAAGGAGGUAGUAAAUAAUGCUAAAAUGAGGUACCAAACAAACGGCAAGAAUUUAAGUUCCCUUCAAGUGCUUCUCACUAAGAUGGCGACGUCGAAGAGGUUUCUUCUCGUCCUUGACGAUGUGUGGAAUGAGGACAAAAUGGAAUGGCAAAAGUUCUAUGCACCGAUUAGGAAUGGGCAGCGGGGAAGUAUGAUCUUGACGACCACGCGGUCGUUGAAGGUCGCCGAUGUAAUGGGCACAGCAGAUUCUGUCUUUCUAGAGGGCUUACCAGAUGAUUCUUUUUGGGAAUUCUUCAAGGUAUGUGCAUUUGGUUAUGAGAAGGAAAGCGUCAAUCAAGAGCUCGAGAGCAUUGGUAAGAAGAUUGCUACCAAGUUGAAGGGAUCCCUGUUAGCGGCGAAAACAGUAGGAGGCCUAUUGAGUGAGAAAAUGGAAGCCAAGCACUGGAGGACUAUCAUGAAUAGUGAAAUGUGGAAACUACGACAUGGUGAAAAUGGCAUCCUUCCCGCCCUGCAAUUGAGCUAUCAAUACCUGCCGCCACAUCUUAAGCGGUGUUUCUCAAUUUGCUCCUUCUUUCCCAAAGAUUACGAAUUCUACGAAGAUUCUCUAGUUGAGUUCUGGGUGGCACAAGGCUUUAUCAUGCCGGAAGAUGACAUGCUAUUGAAAGACGUAGGGACCAGGUACUUGCAUGAGUUGACAAGCCGAUCCUUCUUUCAACAAGUUCACCAGCGUAGAAAAUGCUAUUUGAUCCAUGAUUUAAUGCAUGACUUGGCCCUCUCUGUUUCAGCGCAUGAAGUUCUAAUGUUACAAAAUGACAAAAAUGAACAAAGGACUAGCCCUUCUAUUGUUCGCCACUUGGCAAUAUGUGCCUCAAAUCUGGAGUUGAGUACUUUAAAUGACUUAGGUAGGUAUGAUAGGUUGCGAUCGAUUCUAAGAGAAAGCUUUCCUCAAUUUGGGAACAGCGGCUAUUUACAAGUUAUUUUGCCUUCUACGAUUAAAACCUGGUUUAGUCAGCUCAGAUAUAUCCGCUUACUAGACAUAAGCCAUUGUGCUAUUCAAGAACUGCCCGAGAACAUUGACAACUUAAAACUUCUCCAAUACCUUGACAUCUCAAAUACUCAUAUUAAAAGGUUACCUGAGUCAUUCUGUCGCCUGUAUAAUCUACGAGUUUUGAAUCUACUUAGGUGUCCACUUCAGAGCUUUCCUAAAGGCUUUACGAAGCUGAUUAACUUAUGGAAACUUCAUAUGAAAGAUAGCUUGUUUUCCGAGGUACCUGAGAUCGGGAAGCUAACUGCUCUUCAAGUGUUGCCAGCUUUUGAAGUUCGACAGGACAAAGGACAUAGGAUUACAGAACUAAAGGAUUUGACUCAACUUCAGAGAACGUUGUGUAUUACGCAUCUUGAAAACGUUGAGAGCCAGGAAGAAGCGCGUCAAGCCAAGCUAUGUGACAAAGAAUACCUAGAUAAGUUGGUUCUGGAGUGGUCUCCUAGCAGAAGUACAAGUUCAGCACGCAAUGACUUCUCCCUUCAUGAAGAGGUGCUUGAAGGCCUCCAGCCGCAUCCAAACCUGAAGAAAUUGGAUAUUGUAUCCUAUUGUGGUGAAAAAUAUCCAAGUUGGUUGCAGAUACAAGUAUUACCUCUCCUAAGCUCACUCCAAAUUAAAUAUUGCCCCGAUAUUAAGGAUGUAUUCAGGCUCCCUCACUCCCUUAAAUCAUUGGUACUUGCUGAUGUGGGUUUGGAGGCACUUCCAAAAUUGUUGGAUGAAGAUUCAGCUGUAGAAGGCACAAGCAGGAAAAGCAUCAAGAGCUCAUCCCUCUCUGACUUGCAAAUUGUAAACUUGUCUAAGCUAACAAGUCUUCAAGAGUGGUUGUUGCCGCUCCACCUACCGGCCCUCAAAUCAAUUAAUAUAGUCAAUUGUAACGAGCUAAAGUCGCUGCCGAUCGACAGAUUUAAAGAAUUCUCCUCUCUUGAGGUGUUAGACAUACAAAAUUGCCCCAAUCUCACCAGCGAAAGGAAAUUGGUCUUGCCAUCAUCCAUGUUGUCACUUAAAAUAGAUUCGUGCGGUGAUCUAGACAAUUCACUUCCCAGUUGCCUACAAAAUCUGACCUCUCUCGCUUCCUUGCACCUAUGCAAUUGCGAGCAAAUAGAAUGCCUGCCAGGAAAUGUGUUCCGUAACUUGACAGCUCUUAAGUUAUUAAAGAUAGAGAACUGUCCAAAGCUAAGGUCUUUAGGCGGAUCAGAGGCACUUACAUCACUCAAAAUUGUGAACAUUUCAGACUGCCCUGGGCUUAUGGAAUCCGAGCCAUUGAUGUCUGUUGAAAAAGUGAGGAAGGAAGAUACAUCAGCGCUGAAGUUGGUCAUCGACAACACUGCACUUCUCCGACUUUCAUUUUUCAAAACUUUGUUGGCCUCCACCAUGUCUCUUGAAAUUCUGGGAUCCCCCGAAACUCUGAUGUUUGUUGGAGGGGACGAUGAAUGGGUGCAAAUCCUCAAACCGCUUCAAUCUCUAUCGUUUGACUGCUGUUCUUAUCUCAAAUCACUGCCAGCUUGGUUGCACGGCUUGACUUCCUUGCAAGAGUUGAUAAUAAAUGAUUGCCCUGAGAUCGACUUGCUGCCAAGCCUGCCUACCACCCUGGAAUACUUAUAUUUUUCCAACUGCAAUUCAGUGUUGACAGAGCAGCUGAAAAUGCACGAAGCAGUGAUACAGCAGCGUCGAUCUCAUAGAUUUGCGGCAGGUCCUUCCAACACCGUCAUUUAGGUAUGUAAAUCCUUUUGUUCCUUGCCGCUCAAGUCGACAUAUCGUAGAUGAUUCUUAAUCUGAUUAAUUUUAGUAUUUUAAUCGAUAACUGAUGGAAUCAUCUGAAAUCAUGACAACCAAUCUUAUAGAUUUUAAUUAUUUCUGCUGCUUCUUUCUGUUACAGCAAAUGAAAGGGAUGUAAUGAUAUAUAUUUUGUAUAUUUCGUAUUCAUUCUGUUUAAUUUACUGCUUUAUUUUGUAAAACGGAAAUGUUUUCGAACUGCGAAGAGCAUGGAGGAGGUUGUAAGUUCCAUUUGAUUUACCUCAUUGGCUCAAACUUUAUCCCUUUUUUUAAUCCUUAACUCACAUUUUCUUAAUCCAAAUUCACAGGUGUGAGAGUAUUUUAAUUCUCAUUUUUUACUUGGUGUUGCAGAAGCAUGUUGUUCUGGUUGUAGGCUCGAUGCAGUUAAACUAUUAAACACGGUUGUUGUUUUUGUUGUUGUUUAAUCAACCUUGGUUGGAUUUAUUGACCACCACUUUUGCUAUUUUGGAUGUGGUUAUAUUUUCUGAGAUGCUCAUAAAGAUAUUGAAAUAGAUAUGUGUUAAAUAUA